UUUAUUUUGAUGGAGGUUGUAAAAUACCUUCUCUUGGGUGAACUAGGAUCAGGUUUCCUGUGUCAUUGCAUAAUUACUUCAAAGCGUUGCUCUUCCAGAGUCUCCCUCAGUAGGGCCACAUGUCUGAGGUCAAAUGAUUUUUGCUUUCGUUUUCCAGUUUAAACGUCACACACUUAAGAUAUUUAAAACCCCACCACCUGCCUUGUGAAGUGACAGUAGAGAAGGAGAAGCUGAAAACAUAGAACCGAUCUCUCUUACAGCUAACCGAAUGCUUGCUGUAUUUUAGCAGUUUCCCAAGACUAAGCGCAGGAUGGCUGAUUUUGAACUGCGUGCCUACCAAAAGGAAGUGGUUGAAAGGGCGCUGAACAGAGAAAAUGUCAUUAUUUGGCUGCCAACGGGAGGUGGAAAGACCCGAGCUGCUGUCUAUGUGGCCAAAAGGCAUCUGGAGAGCACAGCAAAUGCUAAAGUAAUGGUGCUGGUGAACAAGGUUCACCUUGUGGACCAACAUUACAACAAAGAGUUUGAGCCUCAUCUGGGAGAUCAUUAUAAACUCAUGAAGGUCAGUGGUGAGAGUGAGGAGAAGGAUUUCUUCGGGAUAGUGGUGAAGUCCAACGAUGUGAUCAUCUGCACAGCACAAAUUCUGUAUAACGCCCUGAUUAACAAGGAAGAAGCAAAGCACAUUGAGCUCUCAGACAUCACUCUACUGAUAAUCGAUGAGUGUCAUCACACCCACAAGGAGUCAACCUACAACAAAAUAAUGAGAUGUUACAUAGAGAAAAAGUUGAAAGGACAACGACCAAUACCUCAGGUCCUGGGUCUCACUGCGUCACCUGGUACAGGAGGUGCAAAGACCCUGGAAGGUGCUGUGGAGCAUGUGCUGGAGAUCUGUGCUAAUUUAGAUUCAGUUAUUGUCUCAACUAAAAGCUACACUCCUGAGCUGGAGGAGAAGGUACCCCGGCCCAAAAAGACCUUUGACGUUGUGGAGAAAAGAGAGGAGGACCCAUUUGGGGAUCAUAUAAAGUGGAUGAUGAAGCAGAUCCAUGAAUACAUGAACCUUCCUUCUGAAGUGAGACUCGGAGAAUGUGGCACACAAGAAUAUGAGGCAGAUGUGGUGAUUCUGGAGCAGCGAGGUGUUAGGGAGAACAACAGACUCUUGGCACAAUGUGCACUCCAUCUCAGAGAGUAUAAUGAUGCCCUGCUCAUCAAUGACACUCUGCGAAUGAUGGAUGCGUAUCGCUCCCUGGAGGAAUUCUACAACGCAAAGUUAACCACGGCCAUUGAUGGAACAGACUACUUCCUGGUGGGGAUUUUUCAAGAGAAUCAGGUGGAGCUGAAGAAUUUUGCCACAAAUCAUCGCUUUGAGAACCCGAAAAUGGCAAAACUUGAGAGCACUCUGCUAAGCCAGUUUGGUCCAGAUGUCAAUUCUCGAGGAAUUCUCUUCUCCAGAACCCGCAGGAGCACCCACUGCCUUCAUGACUGGGUCCUUAAGAACAGAACCUUGCAGAACGCUGGGAUAAAGGCUGCUAUCCUCACAGGGGCUGGUAAUGGCAUCACCUAUAUGACACAGCACGAACAGGCAGACACAAUCCGCAACUUCCGAAAAGGUUUGCUGAACCUCUUGAUCUCCACCAGCGUGGCUGAGGAAGGCCUCGACAUCCCUGAGUGCAACCUGGUGGUACGCUAUGGACUCCUUACAAAUGAGAUUGCACAGCAGCAGGCCAGUGGACGUGCCCGAGCAAGGGACAGCCAGUAUUCAGUGGUUGCCCAAAAAGACGGACGGGAGGUCCGCCGAGAGCUUAUCAAUGAAUACCUGGAGGAGCUGACUGGAAAAGCCAUUGACAGGGUCCAGAUUAUGAGUGAGCAUGAGUUUCGCAGAAAGAUAAAUGAGCUUCAAACACAGGCCAUCAUUAUGAGUAAAGUUUUAGAGGAUCGUAAAACAGAGAAGAAAAAUAAAUAUACUGCUUCUAGAAUCAGGAUCCUGUGCAGAAACUGUUUUGCACAAGUGGCAUCUGGGAAUGACUUCAGACUUCUUGAAAACGCUCACUAUGUCAACAUAAAUCCAGACUUUAAAAAUCACUACAAACUGGGUGGAAAGGUGGCGCUAGAGAGACAUUUUGAGGACUGGGAGCCAGGAUGCACAGUCAGCUGUAACAAUGGCAAUUGCAACAAGGAUUGGGGAUUUGAAAUGAAAUACAAGAAGGUGGCCCAACUGCCAAAUCUAGCCAUCAAGAACUUCGCCCUGGAGACGCCCGAUGGAAGGGUCACAUUUAAGAAGUGGAAGGAUGUUCCUUUCAUGGUCGAGGAGUUUAGCUUUCAACACUACUGUGAGGCGAACUUCCCAGACUUGUUUGAUUAAGACACAAAUUCGCUCAGUGGCUUUUUCUUGACUCCACUUUCCUUUUGUUUCCACUGUAUUUUUAGAUGAAUAAGGUAAGCAUCCAUUUUACUGUUGGAGGUGCUUAAACAUAAGCACAUCCUUUUUUUUAAAAAUUCACUCCGCGCAUGUGAAGUCAUGUUAUUGCUGGUCGGCCAGUAAGAUAGAAACUUAAAACCCCAUUACUCACCGAUCAUGCUUGAAAUUAGCGAGACGGCUUUGUUUAUGCCCAAGGUCUUGCCCGGGUGCGUGUAUAGCACGCUUUUCCUUUGCUUCAUUGAACGUCAAAGCAGAAACUAACUUUGGUGUUACAUUCAAUUCAAUUCAGUUCAAUUCAGUUUAUUUAUAUAGCGCCAAUUCACAACACAUGUUGUCUCAAGGCACUUCACAAGAGUCAGGUACAUACAUUCCAAUUAGUCCUAACCAUUGAACAG